AUGGCUAUGGAGAUCGUCUGCAUGCUCUAUGCGAUCGAGGAUCGCGAAGCCAUGCUAGAGUCCCUUGAACAGGCCAACAAGCCCAAUGCCAAAAAUCAGAAGGCUGACAAGCUUGCUUCCCCAGGUGACGCCAGCAAGGGUGCCAACCUGUUCAAGACUCGUUGCGCUCAGUGCCACACCGUCGAGGCUGGUGGCUCCAACAAGACCGGUCCGAACCUGCACGGCCUGUUUGGUCGUAAGACUGGUUCCGUCGAGGGUUACUCCUACACCGAUGCCAACAAGGCUGCUGGCCUCACCUGGGAUGAGAACACUCUGUUCGAGUACCUCGAGAACCCCAAGAAGUACAUUCCCGGUACCAAGAUGGCUUUCGGUGGUUUGAAGAAGGCCAAGGACCGCAACGACCUGAUCACCUAUCUGAAGGAGGCGACCGCCUAA